ACAUCAUCGACAUCAACGUGACGAUCAAUCAGGAAACGAUAGCAUUGAGAUUGUUGAUGAAACAGAUGUUAGCAUGAGUUACGAUAGUCGAGCAGAUGAUACAAUGGAUGACGCAUUCGAAGGACUCGAGAAUGUUCGGGCAUGUUGUAAUGGAAAGCACGAUGUCGGAACACUUUCACGGCAUCAUGACCACGGCAGCCGACCACCAUCUCGAGGGCCAAUGGGUGGUAGCCGACCACCAUCAAGAGGAGCCCUUGCUUCAUCUCUGAGUAGCAUAUAUCAUGAUGUGGACAGUAACUCAUCAAUGAACAUGCGACAACAUGAUAGUCCAAGUGUUCGAGCUUCUAAUAUCAAUAGCCUUCGAAACAGGUUAGGUGGUGCGAUCUCACCCGCAUCAUAUUCUGGCAGUAUCAAGGGUAAAAGUUCGACAAUAUUAGAUGGUACAAGAUAUAAUUCGGUGGGCAACUCAUCACCAUCUGGUACUAUUAGUAGUCAGUUUGGUAAAACUCAGCGUAAGUCUCAACUCAUGCAAGAUUUAGGUAUCCUUAUGCAAGAUAAACCCACAGUUGAGAGAUUAGAUACAUCCCCACCUCGAGCUAGCAGUCGACUAAGUCGAAAAAGUAUUAGUACAACAUUAAGUGACAGUAUCAGAGGAAGAGCAGGUGGAUGAAGAAGUAGAAGAAGACGAGAAAACAAACUUGAAUGCUUGGUUUAAUGUGAAGUAUAUGGAAACGAUUUUUUUACGAUUUAGGAAGGCAAGAAUUUAAUAUUGAAAUACAUGAUGGAAUGAUUGAUAGAUACGAGAUAACUUUAAUUGUACGAAUGGUGGCUGAUUUUUUGAUUUUUUUUCGAUGAUGAUCGCACACAAAGAGAAAGUGGGAUUUGAUUUCUUUUGGAUUUAUUGAAGAUUAACAAUAUAGAAUAUAAAUCUUGAAAAGAUUAAAAUUGUAAAGAUGGUUUUUCGUUUGCUUUGGUUUCCUUAAGGGUUACAUUCUUUUUUUUCAAACUUUGAUUACAUAUAUUUAGUUUUUAUUUAAUAAGAUUUACCUUUUUUGAAAUCUUUGGUAUUUUGCUUUCUCUUUUGAUUACUGUUUUUCUUUGUUGGAGAUUGGAUUUUAGAAUGGGAAGGACCCUUUUUUGCUACCUAAAUUAUUGCGUAAUACAGUCAUUACUCAUGGUUUUUUUUCUU